AUGGCGAAUAAUCCUCCCCAGUCCUCUGGUGCCCAGCAGUUUCGGCCGAUGGUGCCUGGGCAACAAGGUCAGCAUUUUGUUCCUUCAGCUUCACAGCCUUUUCAUCACCCUUAUGGACAAAGCCAGCCUCCUCCGCAGUUUUCUCAGCCGAUGCAGCAGCAGCAGCUCUUUCCAGUGAGACCAGGUCAGCCUGGGCAUAUUACAUCAUCAUCAUCAUCACAGCCUCUAACAUCGCCGUAUAUUCAAACGAAUAAGAUCCUCACUUCUGGAUCUACUCAGCCACAGCCAAAUGCACCUCCGAUGACGGGAUUUGGUUCAUCUGGACCUCCGUUUUCUUCUUCAUAUACAUUUGUACCAUCUUCGUAUGGUCAGCAACAACCACCGUCCAUGGUCCAACCAACUUCUCAGAUGCAUGCAGCCGGCGAUCCUCCAGCAGCUAACCCUUGGCCUGUUCCUGUAAAUCAACCUACAGCACUUGUUUCCCCUGUGCAGCAGACUGGGCAACAAACACCAGUCCCUCUUUCCACAGACCAAGGAAGCCUGACUCCGCAAUCUGCAUCUGACUGGCAGGAGCAUUCAUCUGCUGAUGGAAGAAAGUAUUACUAUAACAAGCAGACGAAACAAUCAAGUUGGGAAAAACCUCGUGAGCUGAUGACACCACUGGAGAGGGCUGAUGCAUCCACUGUAUGGAAGGAAUUCACAACAGCUGAAGGAAGAAAAUAUUAUUAUAACAAGGUUACAAAGGAGUCUAAGUGGACAAUUCCUGAUGAUUUGAAGUUAGCUCGGGAACAAGCUGAAUUAGCUAGUGCAAAGAGGUCCCUUUCCGAAGCUGGAUCUACCACUGUGUCCCAAUCCCACAUUGCUGCAUCCUCAUCUGAUCUAGCGGCUAGCGCUACUGUGACCUCUGUUGUUCCCAGCACAUCUUCAACAUUUCCUGGGCAUUCUUCAAGCCCUAAUCCAGCGGGGUUGGCUACACCUGUUACUCGUCCUCCCCCUGUUGCUCCUGUUACUCCAACAUCUGCUGCAGCUAGUGAUACCGAGGCUACUACAAUGAAAUUGGAUAAUUUACCUUCUCAGAGGGCAGAUAAUUCAAAUGAUGGAACUCCAGCGCAAAACAAUGAGGCUGAGAAUAAGGAAAUGUUGGUGAAUGGAAAAGGCAAUCUGACACCUGCUGGUGACAAAGCAAAUGUUGAGGAACCCAUUGUAUAUGCUACUAAGCAGGAGGCCAAAGCUGCUUUCAAGUCUCUUUUGGAAUCUGUUAAUGUUCAAUCCGACUGGACAUGGGAACAGGCAACAAAAGAGAUUGUUCACGAUAAAAGAUAUGGUGCUUUGAGGACACUUGGUGAGCGGAAACAAGCUUUUAACGAGUAUCUUGGUCAAAGGAAAAAAGUGGAAGCUGAGGAGAGGCGAAAGAGACAGAAGAAAGCUCGGGAAGAAUUUGUCAAGAUGCUAGAGGAAUGUGAAGAACUUUCAUCAUCCAUGAAAUGGAGCAAAGCAAUGAGUUUAUUUGAAGACGAUGAGCGCUUUAAAGCUGUUGAACGUCCAAGGGAUCGUGAAGAUCUUUUUGACAAUUAUAUUGUGGAACUUGGGAGGAAGGAAAGAGAAAAGGCAGUGGAGGAACAUCGGCAGAACAUGGCAGAAUAUCGGAAGUUUCUUGAAUCCUGUGACUAUAUCAAAGCUUGUUCACAAUGGCGCAAAAUUGAAGAUAGAUUGGAGGAUGAUGAAAGAUGCUCACGUCUUGAAAAGAUAGAUCGUCUGAUUGGUUUUGAGGAUUACAUUCUUGACCUAGAGAAGGAAGAAGAGGAGCAGAAGAGGGUAGAGAAAGAACAUGUUAGGCGGGCUGAGAGAAAAAACCGUGAUGCAUUUCGUACACUAUUGGAAGAACAUGUCGCUGCUGGCCUCCUUACAGCAAAGACGUACUGGCCGGAAUAUUGCAUUGAGUUAAAAGACUUGCCCCAAUACCAAGCUGUUGCAUCUAAUACGUCUGGCUCAACUCCGAAAGACUUGUUCGAAGAUGUUACAGAAGAAUUAGAGAAACAGUAUCAUGAGGAUAAGAGUCUCAUAAAGGAUGCAAUGAAGGCAAGGAAGGUUUCUAUGGUCGCCUCGUGGACAUUUGAAGAUUUUAAAUCUGCUCUUUCAGAAGAUCUCAGUUCUCAACCAAUAUCAGACAUAAAUCUAAAGCUUGUAUAUGAUGAUUUGGUUGGGAGAAUGAAGGAAAAGGAAGAAAAGGAGGCCAGAAAGCUUCAGCGUUUGGCUGAAGAAUUUACCGAUCUAUUGCGUACUCAUAAGGAAAUAAGCGCAGCUUCAAAUUGGGAAGAUGUCAAACAACUAGUUGAAGAAAGUCAAGAGUACAGAUCGAUUGGAGAUGAUAGUGUUAGCAAAGGGCUUUUUGAGGAAUACAUAACGAGUUUACAGGAAAAGGCCAAGGAGAAGGAGCGUAAGCGUGAUGAGGAAAAGAGUAGAAAAGAGAAAGACAGGGAGGAGAAAGAGAAGCGGAAAGACAAGGAGAAGGAGAGAAGGGAAAAGGAAAGAGAACCGAGAAAAGAUAGGAGUAGUAAAAGGGAGGAAUCAGAUGGUGAGGCCGUAGAUGUGAGCGAAAGUCACAAAGAAGAGAAGAGAAAAGGAAAAGACCGAGAGAGAAAACAUAGGAGACGGCAUCACAACUCUGAUGACGAUGUCAGUUCUGAUAGGGAUGACAGAGAAGAGUCGAAGAAGUCGUCACGUAAGCAUGGUCAUGAUCGCAAGAAAUCAAGAAAGCAUGCAAACUCGCCUGAAUCAGACGGUGAAAGUCGGCAUAAAAGAUUGAAGAAAGAGCAUCGGGAUGGUAGUCGUCGAGGUGGUAAUGAUGAGCUAGAGGAUGGAGAGGUUGGGGAAGAUGGUGAAAUCAGACUUUAG